UCGGACGGAUACCGUGCGAUGGGCGCACUGAAGAAUCAGCAGCAACAUUGUUUCAUUCUUUUAUUAAUUAGUUUAUUAAUUAAUUUUGCCGCCCAACGUCGAUGGUAUACAGUGUGUGUUCGUAGCUCGGCGGAUCAUGGUCCAUGGAUGACGGAACGAAAUUUCGCAGGUAUAAUACACCAAUACGCGUGUAAUACGAUUGUAACCUCUUAUGCAUUUGUCUCCGAUGUCCCGCUGAAUAUAUUAGGAAAAAGCUCUGAUCCGUCAUUCAAAAAGUGAAAGUCGUAAAAAAAAUAAAACUGCUUUUGCAAAAUUUACAUACACAUGUAAUUAUGGCGGCAGAAACAUUGUAUGCAUAUGUCUAUGUGAAGGCAAAAACAAAAUACUACACUUUAGAAGAGUCUGAUAUUGUGAAUUUUAGUUAUGAAAAUUUGGGAAACCAGAGUGUUGAAUUUUCAUCAAAACCAUUCAAGUGCUAUCUAAAUGACUCAGAAAAACAGGAAGUGUGCCAAAUUUUAAUUGUAGCACAAAAUGCCAAAGAUUUGAAAAACUACUUGUCAAAACAAAGAGUGAAAGUACCAAAUCUAAAUAAAUCUGAUUUAGAAAAAACACCAAACUUGACACCCGCUGCUGAAAAGCAUAAAGCUCAAAAAAAUAAAAAGGUAGUAGCAAAGAAAAGAAAAAUUGCAUCUGAAAAGACAAAUUCAGAGAUUAUCAGAGCUUAUUCAAAUGCGAGCGUUAGAACGACAGGUUUACCCACGACAAGCACACCAAAAUCAUUUUUAAGCAUAAGCCCACCUAAAUCACCUCCAAACGAGAAUCAAUCAGAUGGUACAUUUACGGAUUCAGAUAUUGAUCCAUUAGCUGGAGAUGACGAACAAGCAGGAAAUCGCUCAGAUUCACCUCCUUUUCAAAAUAUAGAUGAUGAUGAUGGAAUGUCAGAUAAUGGGGAAGAAGAAGAAACUACAAAUAGAAAUGAAGAGAAUGGAGCAUCAGGUGAAAGUGAUAAUUCCUUGUUAGAGCGUACCAAGAAAGAAUUUGAGAAAAAAUUGGCAGAGGAAAAAAAGAAAAACACAAUUUUAGUACGAUCAAAUCGACUUUUUCAAGAAAAAUUACUGCAGCUAAAUAAGAAGGCAUGCAAAACUGCGCAAACAGGUGCUAAAGCUGACAAGGAGUCUGAAAAGCAGCCCACAAAAAAAAGAGAAGGAUUCCCUACGCCAAUAAAUACAGGCAGUGGCAUAAUGGCUCGUGCCGAAGCAGUAGAUAACGCAUAUUCUAAAGAUGAGCCAAGCAAGUUUUAUAUUAAUUUAUGCUAUGCUACUUGGGGAUACAAAGAUCUGUCUGAAAGAUGCAUAAAAAAAUCUAAAAAAACAUUGGAUAAAAAAGUUCUUACACCCAAAAAGAAGAGGACGGUGAAUCAACAUUUUACUCACUACUUAGAGCACUAUAAUUACUCUGACUAUUUAAGUAAAGUCUAUACGUCAAAAGCAAAUAUAUAUGCUCAUAGAGCUAUCGUUAAUGCCAAAGCUCACAUGAAGCUGAUAGAGCAGUAUCCAGAAUUAGGAGAAAACAACGAGGAUGCUAAUACAGAAAUGAUAGAAUUAUAAUAGUAUUUUGAUAUUGUUGAUUAUUAAUAAAUAUAAUAUUUUUAUAUUAAUGCGCGAAGAGUAACAAAAUAUUUUUAUAUUUUUCAGACUUGUAAAAAAUGUAAAAAAUCAAUAAAAAUAAUAUAUAAUGACAAAA